GUGCAUGAGCUCCUGGUGGUGCCUUCAUUAAAUUGUACACCCCCUUCGCCUCUUUCAAGAACCUGACGGAGGAAUCUCUACCGAGGCUGGAUGUCUAUAGAGAUUCACUUAAUCCAUCAGUCAUUCGUGGAUGAAUUGCUGGGAAAGACUGGAGCUCAAUGAAGAAAGGUCACACAUCUCCUGCGCCGGGGAGUCCCAACAUGGGUACUUUUUAGUGGCCAACCCCGAAUCGGAGCGCAGCAGCGAGACUUCUCCGGCUUGCCUCUUCCUGCUGGAGGACCCCCUUCCCAGGAAAGGGUCGGCGCCAGCAGAACCAGGUCCGCGGACAAUCAACCCACCAUCCGGAGCUGGUUUUCGGACAGGGGCGGCCGGCCGGCUGCGCAAAAGCGCGCCGAGGAAGGCACCCCCUCUGGGCCCUCGUUUUGGAUGGAGCUGGGCUAGGUGCGCCCAACCCGGCUUGCGCAAGCGUCGACGGCCCCCUCCUUCCAGCUGCCGCCCGGAGCACGAGCCUCGGGCCGGGCAGGAGGAUUGGUCGCCUCGCCUCGCGGGCCCGCGAGCUCCGAGGAGGAGCCGCCGCCGCCGCCAUGCGCCAGGCCUUGACCCAGCCGCGCUCCAGCGCCAUGCCCCUCUCCGACUCCAUGGGGUCUUUCAAUAGAAGAAAAAGAAAUUCCCUCUACGUAACGGUGACUCUUCUCAUUGUGUCUGUAUUAAUUCUUACGGUUGGUCUUGCUGCUACAACGAGAACCCAAAAUGUGACUGUUGGAGGUUAUUACUCGGGGGUUAUUCUUGGCCUGGGCUCAUUUCUUGGAAUUAUUGGAUCAAAUUUGAUAGAAAAUAAAAAGCAAAUGCUGGUGGCAUCGAUAGUGUUCAUCAGCUUUGGAGUCCUGGCUGCCUUUUGCUGUGCCAUCGUUGAUGGUGUCUUUGCUGCCAGACACAUUGAUCUUCGGCCACUGUAUGCAGGACGAUGUCACUACUUUUCGAAAAGCACAGCCCCUCCAGAGACAGUCUGCCCUCUCCAGCAACGAGGCCCCUGCACACCUAAGAUCAGAACCAACACCUGCUUCUGUUGUGACUUGUAUAAUUGUGGCAGCAGAGUGGAGAUUUCCGGUGGCUACUACGAAUACAUCGAUGUCAGCAGCUGUCAAGACAUUAUCCAUCUUUACCAUUUGCUAUGGUCAGCAACUAUACUGAACAUUGUUGGCUUAUUUCUAGGGAUCAUCACAGCUGCAAUCCUUGCUGGCUUUAAAGACAUGACUCCCUCACUUCCUGCUCUUAACUGUACAGUUGAAAAUGCUCGGCCCACGGUAUCGUAUUACUCGAGACCCCAGGUGACUUCGUACAAUACAUGUUAUCACAGCACUCCACAUCUUCCGCCAUACUCGGCUUAUGACUUCCAGCAUUCCAGUGUAUUCCCAGCCUCCACGCCAUCGGGCUUCUCAGAUGACCCACCAUCAUUAUCACCAUCUCCAAGCUACGUGUGGUCCCCCACGGCACCGCCUCGCUACUCCCCGCCAUAUUUCCCACCCUUUGAAAAGCCACCACCUUACUCACCAUGAAGAGAACAGGAACGCUGUCACUAGAACUUGUGGUGAAUUUUUUGUACGUGGGAGGGGAGAGCACAGACCAUCACACUGCAUAAUAGAAAUACAAAACAGGGGGACAUGAUGACACUUUCUCUUGGUAGGCUGUGCCUGGAUGGGACAUUAACGAGGGUUAACUGCAGAGGACAACCUCAGGCACCUGCUUUUAUUUAUUUCGGAUGCUUUGAUCCUCAAGAAGGAUGCUGCCUGGGGAGGUGGUCUUGUUUUGAGGAAAUGAAGAUCGAAUGUUCUUAUUGAGGACUUACAGUGCCUUUGGGCACUUGGCAUUUUUGAAAAGGUGCUUAUUGUGUUCCCAGUUUUUUCUGUCCUCUCUGCCAAAAGGUGUACGAAAUCUCCAGGUAGAACACGUGCCAGUUUGUGUGGAAGUUAAUUGGCCACAUUGGUUAAAGGAAGAGCCAAGGAAUUUAGGAUGUAUAAAAUGAGCACUUUGAACAGCUGUGAGAGGAAUGUUCUGUAAUAUACGUGGCCUUAGUUCUGCCCAUUGAAAAUGGGCCCUAGAAAGUGAACCGCUGAAGGGUAGGGUUGUGUUCAGCAGACAUCUUGCUUGGUUUUCUGCAAUUAAAUGUGUAAUGUUGUUUGUGUGCCACUACAGUGCUGUGUGCUGUGCCAGCAAUACUAUACUCAAGAUGCAUCCGCACAUCGUUCAUUGGCUAUUGCAUAGGCUCUAGCAGUCAUUCACAGAUGAAUGGGGAAGGCAAUCCACUUACAAGCUGUCACCUGUAACUGCCUCACCCAACUGUGUGUAGCUUCAGUCCUAAAAGUAUUACAGCAUCAUGAGAAAAAUAAAGGCUGCUUUGCGCAUAAA